AUGCGAGAAAUGAUUCGUACACUUAUUAUAGUAUACGCUAUAAUAUCACUUAGUCAUAAAUGCUUUGGUAAGUACAUAUUCGAUGAAAGACUGGUACUAUUCUCAGAUGACAGACAGACUAAAGUACUCAUUGAUAAGGAAUUAGUGCAGGGAUUUACUACGCACAGUAUUACGUACAGUAGGGACUGGAUUAAUGGGAAGUAUACAAAAAGGAUAACAGAUGAUACAUUAUACGAUUUAUCCACAGUAGGGUCACUGCCCAUUCCAAAGGAGUACUUUAAGGGGUUAGAAGAGUUUUUCAGUAUGACGGGUAUUAUAAGGUACUCAGAAAACAGAAAAAUGGAUUUCUCAGAAUUCGUUGAUGUGAUCUGGGGGUGGACACACUUCCAUUUAGACCCGAAUGAAGUAUUAAUUGAUAUUCCUGAGAGUGCCCGGCCAUUUACUAAAGUAGAGUGCUUUAAGGAAAACCUUCUUCUUCUGCUAAGGGCCAAUCCCAGGAUAAGGAAUACCUUGCAUAGUGUGAUUAAUGAGAUAAACAGGAUAAACCUACCAAAUAGUCCUCUGCCCGCAUAUAAAAUGGUACCCAGGGAUAAAAUACAGUGGUUUCUUAAUGCAAAGCAGCAUAAUUGGAUAAAAAGGUUUCUUGAACUGUGCCUGUGCCGUAGAAUAGGAAAUAUAUCCCUGCACGCAAAAGUAACCGAGAAUAUCCAUGAGAGAAGUACCGUACAGCUCACUGUAAGGCCGUACACUAAAAGAACAGCAAGACAAUCAACUGAACUAUUCAGUACAUUCAUAAUGAAUAACAGCACGUAUACCUUCUCAAAUAUGAACAUUCAAAUAGAGGAGAAUACAAUUAUAUCUGCAAGUAUUAUGAACGACUUAUUCGUUAUAUUCGGAAGGACAGAUACGCUCAUAUUAGACCAUCCAGGCGGUGUUAGUCAUAUAAAAGAGUACUCGGCACUUCUUACAAGUAUUUUACGGGAUGAAGUUAUAAGGAAGCAGAAUCAUUCUAUUUCCCUGCUUAAAGGACUGAUUCUGUCGCAUACGCUGUUUAUAACGGAGAAGGCUCUUGAAUACCUGGAAAAAACGGACAUCACGAAAUUCGGGUUUAAAAAGUACUACCCGCCUUCUUAUAGGGCAGAAAAGGCAUACCACACAAUCCAGAACAUGAUAAAUAAUUUCAUUUCCAGGCUGCUCACUGGACAGUCGCCGAUCUCCUCAUCACUAGAAUAUUUACUGGGGCCGGACAGACUCUUCUUCUCAAAGCACGUGAAGUACGAUAAUCUUCCAAAAUUAGGCACAAUUGAGAUCCAUGUGAGUAACACAGUAAAGUCCGUUAAUAGAUCAACAUUUACUAUCCCCAGUACAUCUACGGUUAAAACUGUCGUACUUGUUGAAGAUGUAACUGCCAGUGCAAGGGAUACUUAUAAUGUCUUAUACGGAAUAUCUUCACUGCGGCACUUAACCACACUCGAUGUGAAAAGAACAACAGUAAACCCAAUGAAAGUCAUCCCAAUCCUGCUGGAUAUAAAUACAAAGUAUAAAACAACCAUACGUGCAAUUGAAUUCCCGUAUGCACCUGGUACUACCACAGCACACGAAUGGCCGAUUAGUUCGUUCAUUAAAUCGGUUCCCAGUAUAAGAAAGUACGGAAUUUACGUACCAGCAAAUAACCCAGAAAGAACUCUUUUGCCUCUUAUACGGGACAUCCAAGAUACAUUCAAGACGGCAUCAGCCGGUACGCGAGUGAAUCUAACCAUCAGAAAUAUCUCCAUAACGAGUUAUCACGGGAUUAGUUCAUAUACGGUUACACCGCAUUAUAUAAACCGACGCAUGUUUAUGUCCGUGUAUAAAACACUGCCACUCCCCGUGGUGGGCAGUGGCAAGUAUCCAGCAGCAGAUGAAAUUCUAAGAGUUCUGUCUAAAGCCACUGCACUGGAUAAUACUCCAAAAAAUAGUGCACGCUAGGGUGCCCGUUAUUUCUAAUGUGAAUAAAUCUAGU